UUUGUAGCAGAAUGUCGUCGGCCGGUACUUUUUGCCAUCAACCCAAAUCAGCUUAAUGCCUCUACAUCUCUAAAUGGCUUCCCAGCAAACGAAGGUUUGAUAACCGAAUAUGAUUUUGGCGCCUGGUGUGCCGCUUUGAAGGACCAAGAACAAUGGUUGGAAGUGGAUCUUCAGGAAAACAAAGAUGUCAUGGCUCUUGGUUUACAAGGCAGAUAUGGACACUCGUGGGUUGAAAUGUUUUACGUUCAGUAUAGCAAUGAUAGGAACAAAUGGUACUGCUAUGGGUCGGAAAAUGGUCAUAAGGUAAAAACUGAGUAUUGUUGUUGAGGUACCCACCGUGUAAAUUUCCCCGCCGUUAGGGACCAAAUAAGCCGUUAAGACAGCUUUCCAAUCAAUGGCAUGUCACUUCGCCAGCUAUCAUAAAAAAUUGCCAUUUGAUAUGCAAAUCCCUGGGGACCUGACGUUAAGCUGGUGACCAAAAAUGUUGGUUAGACGGUUUUCCAAUCAAUCAAAGUAAAGGGAAUGUGACUCUGCUCAUCAUCAUGAAAUAAAAGCCCAUGCAACAUAUGUAGCGUAUUUACAUGAAUUAUGCUCUACAAAAGCAAAGCUAUUGCAUUUUAAUUUGCAGAUAUUUCAAGGAAAUGAGAACAGUGAAACUGUGAAAAUUUUUGUUCUUCACUUGGAUUCGAUUUUUGCACGCUACAUUCGGAUUAAUCCACGUACCUGGAACAACAGCAUUUGUCUACGAACUGAGAUCUACGGAUGCCCAUACAACCCAGAAAAAGGUAAGAAGCCAACUGUAUGAUUGACUUGGUCAUAAGGUAACGUAAAAAAACAAAAACAUGCGUCAUCAACCAGAAGAAUUGAUAAUUUCUAAAAUUUUGUUUAAACGAAAUAAGACACAAUAAUCAUCAAUUUUUGUUUUCCUUUUAGUUUGUUUGUUUGCUGAUUUUUUUAAAUCUUACUUUAGCAGAAAUUGUGCUGGCCUUCAGAUACAACGAGUUAUGCGUUAGACAGUCAUCAAGAAUGUCACGGUUAACUGCCAAAAACGUUGAAAGUCUUACGCGAUUUAAACUAAAACUAAUUACCCUAGCUCCUCAAAUGUCUUACAUCCCUCCUCUCCAGGACUAUUUCAAAGUUAGAUAAUCGAGUCGCUCAAUUUAAAAUUCAAAUUAAAAUAAUGUUACAGACUACGACACUCGUCGGCCUAUGUAUCAGGCCUGUGGACUGGAUCAUCCCACAUCUCCACCAACGACAACACCUCCUCCUCAUACUGCUUCUGCUGAGCAGAUAAUAGGAGGUAUGAAAAUAACGAUGAUGAUAAUUAAGACAAAAACAUGAUGACAGGUCAAGAAUAGACUUGUAUGAUGGAGCCUAUUAAAUACGUGUUUUCUUUCUCUCUCUCUCGCUUUCUUUUUUUUUUUUUUACGUGGCUUUGGACGCCAUGAGACACUGUACCAGUCCUUGUUAAAUUUUUCACUAAAAGACCUGUUUAAGAUUGGUUUUGAUGCGCACUGAUAUAGGCAUACGUCACACAUCUGAAACGUGGUGAGUUUAAGUAAAUUUAUCGCUAGGAGCAUGUCAAUAGCUCCCUUAAAAAUCAGAUGCAUACUGCAGCUGAAAAGAACUUUUGUGUUAAAUAAAUCAUUCAUUGCAAGAAUAAUCAGCAAAUCGUUACACUGAGGCAAUCGGACUAACGAAGCAGUCACUACCAACGAUAAAUAUGAGUAACUACAAUUGGGACUUCUUUUGGAGUGUUCGUUUCUUUCCUCAUCCUAAGAGAAAGAGGCCUUAGGCAAGGGCGACAACAUGCAAAAGGAGUCUCUUGAACAGCCGACAUAUCGCUUCCUGUAUUUAAAGCAAAAAUAUAACGAGCCCUCGUCUGAUUAUAAUGCAUGGCAGGAUUAUAAUGUAUGUACAUAGGAUGCCUAUGUACAUUGUCAACGCAGGGUUAUUUCUCCUCCAGAUACUCCGGGUAUUUUCGAAAAUGUAUAUAUUUUAAAAAUAGAUAGCUUGAGAGGGAUUAGACGUUUAUUGGGAUUUGAUCCUGGCGUGACCGUUUUUUUGCCUGACACUGUUUUGUUUUCUCCUCAUAGACAUACCAAUAUCGCAGUUUAGCAUUAUCCUUCAGGAUGGUCCCAUAGUCAAGACGUCGAAAUUAUUCCCUGUUCGUGUCGGACCACAUGAUGGUACAAAAGUCCAAUAUCGAUGGGAACUUGAAGACGAAGAACUGGUCAAAACUCAGAAGGUUUUUUUCCAUGUUUACAAUCACCCUGGCGCUUAUACCAUACACGUUACAGCAUAUAACAGAAAUAACACGGUUAAUAGCAGCACCAUUGUUAUUGUGCAAGAUGAAAUUAAAGGCUUAAAGUGCGUCCAAAGCUCUAUCGCAGUCGUUCCGAUGGAAGAGACAGUAAUUGAAUGGGUUAUUUUUAAAGGUAAUAUAAUUUUUUUGGGAGUGUGUGUUUGCGUUCAAGUAUAAAUUACGCAGAAUUACUCCUUCAUUUUUUUGCUCUUUUUGUUUGUUUUAUUUUUUUUGUUGUCAUGAUAGAAAUAGAAGAUGAGGAAAAUCUGUUUGUAUACUGGCAAUGUAAAUGUUAACUGACGCUCUGUGUUAUCGUCAAUUGUGACAUCAAGGAAAAAAGUGGGAAGAGUAUUUGCAUUACAUUGAGCAAUACUAGAACUGAUCUCUGACUUGCAGGUACAAAUGUGACUUUCACAAUUUCUCCUGGCGAUGGCAGCGGUGAACACAUUCUACAAACAUUCACCGAUGGUUUUUUCAAAAACUCAUUUUCUCAUCAUUAUGCACGUACUGGUGUCUACAGUGUCUCCAUUGGGGCUAAAAACGAUGUCGAAGCUACUCCGAAAACUGUGGAAUGCACCGUCUCCGUAGAAAAUCCGAUUGUUAAUCUGACUUUGGAAAUACCAACAACUCGAAUAAAAACUGGCUCUCAAGACGUAUAUAUUGCAGUCGGUGAAAACGUUACGAUAAUAGGUAGUCUAACUAGAGGGACUAGCGUCUUCUGCGACUUUAACUUUGGUGAAGAAGUCUUAACCGGAGAAGUUGACUCCCUCACUAAGACCUAUACAUAUAGAAAACCAGGAAUCUUCACUGCAAGUCUCAAUUGCACGAACAGAGUUAGUAGUAUGUACAAAGAGUCUUUAAAGAGGACCAUUGUUCAAAAGGAUGAACCGAUUGAUGACCUUCAGGUAAUGGUCCCUGUCACGGUCAAAGGGCAAAAGUCUGUGAUUUCACUUUUGAUGGCUUCCGGAACGGCUUUUGUUUGUAACUGGACCCUCGGUGACAACACAACUUUCCAGACAGAUGUAUCGGACAUAGGUAAACAAGUCAUACAUCAAUAUGCUAAAGAUGGACCUUUUGACGUAAUGGUUAGUUGCAAAAAUCGACACGGCAUUGUUAGAACCCACAAUGUUGCCUGGGUGCAAAUACCUAUCGCUAAUUUAACUUGUAAUUCAUUAAACCGCUACAUAAUGGUAUCACAAGAGACUCUUUUUAACAUUUCUGUGCAAUCAGGUUCUCAAGUGAUCGUCGUAGCAGAAUUUGAAAAUGAUCAAAGACAAAGUGUUGUUUUUAAGGAGAGUUUUCUAAACUGGAAAUCAUUUAUUUUGAAACAUCCCUUCUUAUUUUAUGGGUCGUAUUCUGUUACGGUAAAGGCGUCAAACCUCCUCGGAAGCCUCACCACCAAUUGCACACCCAUCGUUGUUGUGCAGAAUCCUCUGGUUAACAUAACGUUAACACCUGACAAGACGAUUAUUCAAGUAUCAGAACCUGUUACUUUUCAGCUUAAGACAACAGUUUCGGAAAAUUUUCUGCCCAACGAUGCAGCCUGUUCGUGGCUAUUUGGCAAUAAUUCGUAUAAAAAUGGCAUACCUUUGAUAUUUACGGAAGGAGAACACAGUCUACUUCAUAGAUAUUCAUCCCCAGGGGAGUUCAUAACUAAAGUCUCUUGUUCAAAUGAAAUCAGCAGAAUCGAGCUCAACACGAAGGUCACGGUUCUCAAAUUGAUCGAGCCGUCCAUGACAAUUUGCCUAGACUGUAACCCCUCUCCAGACCUGACGAGGAUUCCAUCCAAGGCAUAUUUCGCUCUUGGCGACACAGUGACAUUGUUAGUGUCAUCUCAAAGCUUUGAUAGGGCGUAUCACUGGAGAAUCACAGAAUAUGGUGAUCUUGCGACAACCGAACAUCGUUUUCUUAAAGUAGUUUUGAACAAAACUGGAACAUUUACGGCAGGUGUCCUUGUAGAUAAAUUGGUCGCCACAAUGGCAGCAUCAGUUGAAUUCACUGUGCAAGAAAAGAUUGACGGCAUACUACUCCGGUCUAGUGGUUUCACGUGGCUGAGGAGUGCCACUCGUUUUGAAUUCGCCUUGCCAAAAUUUGAUCACGGAAGCUGCUUUAAUUUCACCUUGAACGACUCAUUAAACUCAGAGAAAUCCCAGUGCUCAUUAGAGAGAACAAGAAAUUACCUUUUUUCGUUCAACCACACCUAUCUUUAUGAGGGCAAUUAUACGGUUUGUGUCAUUGUUUUUAACAAAGUAUCAGAGGAAAAACGUUGCUUGAAGGUUGAAGUCUCUAAACCAGUUUGUGAAAUAGGAAACGUUUCGAUAUCGGAGGUAAGGAACGAAGAAACUAAUGCAUAUAAAAAUAGUUUGAAAGUUUUGAAAUACAGAAGAUCUGAUAGCUUUGAGCUCAGAGGGCUUUUUAUCAACCGCUGCUUUCUACCAACUUCAAAGGAUAUCAAGCUGCUAUGGGUAAUAAAGCAAACGACAACGAAAAGCGUUGAGGGAGAAGAUACUGGUUCUGUAAUAAAAAUAAGUCCUCGUUCUUUGCAAUACGGCAGUUAUGAGUUUGAAUUUGUAGUUGAGCUUGCAAGUGUCGACGUAAUUAAUCUCUACGGGAAAGUGGCAGGAAACUCCUCGCUCAAUGUGGAAAUCGUUCGUUCACCGUUGGUUGGCAAAAUAAGCGGAGAAAAGAAACUAAAUCUGAGCACGGCAGACACCCUAACGUUGGAUGCAUCAUUUCAUGACCCUGAUCUACCACCAUGGAUGGACCAGCAGGGUAUGGUCUUUAAUUGGUAUUGCAAGACACCGGUAGGUCCGCUUGCUCAGGCUGAACAGUUUGUUCACUGCUAUGAUGAUGCGUUGAGGCCAGAAAACUUCAUAAAAAUUCUUUCUUACCCGGUUUUCACCACAAGAUUGAACAGAUACAUUGAAAAUAAAUACUACAUAUUCACGGUUGUAGUUACCAAGGAUGAUCUCCAACCUUUGACAGACAAUGUCACAGUGUUUGUUUCCCCUCCACCUCCCCCACCUCCUCCCCCGCCGCCAACAAUGGAAAUAAGGUACAUUGUAGAUAAAUUUAAACUUAUAGUCACAUAAAAGCUUCAAAAUAUGUAUUUUAAAGCUUAGGAAACUGGCCCAAGCAAAUGAAAUCUAUAGUUUCACCUAGAUUUUGUACACAUGCUUUUUUGUUUUUUUUUUUAUAUUGAGAAUGAGCCAUGAAACCUUAAAAAUAUCCUUAGAUAGUAUGUUUUAAGUAUGAAAACCGUAUGCUUUCCCAUCAACUAUGUUUUAACUAUUGUAUUGUUUUUCCUUAAAUUUAUCAGGUGCUUUUAUAGUGUUUGUCCUCAUAAAGUUUCACCUUCAGUGAAUCUCAGACUUCAAGCUGUUUGUGUAUACGGAUGUGGAAUUUCCAAUCUCUUUUAUCAAUGGCAGUUUUUCACUAAAAAUGAAACUGAAUGGAGCUUGUUGGAGUUUCCAAGCGAGUUAAAAGGGGAAAGCGAUAAAAACGACUUUACUGUUCCCUCGUACAUUCUCGAAAAUAUUCUGGGGCAGGGAGGCGAGGGUCUUGCUCAGGUUGAAGUGUGGAGGGAAGGCAGUAAAAAAGGUUUCACAAACAAGACUAUAACAGUUAAUGAGCCACCAAUACCAGGAAACUGUUCAUGUAUUCCGUCGCUUGGCGAGGGCUACAAAACAAACUUUCAGGUCAUAUGUGACGGCUGGGUUGAUCCAGACAAACCACUACGAUAUAGCUUUAGUUAUGGCGAGGGUGAUAACUCCCGGCCGGUUUUGACCUCAACAGAAAAGCCUAGCUCCUCAAAGCCUUUCAAGAUUUAUAAACAGCCUACGAAUGGCGAUACUUCAAUUUCGGUAAAAAUUACAAUAUCGGUUGAAGAUUCACUCGGAAUGAAGUCUGCCAUGUCUAUCUUCGCAAAGGUACGACUGUGCAAUUUAUAAGUUGAGUAAUUUCUAUCCCUGUGGUAAAUUCUGUUUUUUUUUCUUUUUUGAUUACCAUACUGAACCCAACGAAUGAAGAAAAUUGAAUUAGAGGCAAAACUUAUGUAGUUAAUCAAUUUUAAUAUAUGGCGCGGUCACUAGUCACGGGGUAUAUCCUAUCUGAUUGGUUAAUUGCGAUUGUGCACACGACGUUUUUCAUAUCUGCAUCAAGCGCAUCCUUCGGAAUACUUUUUAUAAUGUGGAUUCGAGUUUAGAUGAAUGAUCCGUAAUCUCUUCAAACUAGAUAGCAUGUUUACAGGCGUUUUCACUAUAAAUACGAUGAUACGGCAAACUUGCUUUCGUGCUUAGAUAAUACUUGCCUUCUAUCAUAUUUCCAAGAAAUAUUUUAUGCUUUUAUUUAUUCGUUCAUGUAACUUUGCAUUUAGGUAAAAAAGGUAGAGAAGGCACCAGUAGAUCUUGGCAAUAUAAUGAAGAAUAUAGACUCUGAAAGCACCCCUAUAAAUAACGAAGAGCAAGCUGGAGAGGAAUUACAAGUCUUGGGCGACGCUCUUGCGCAGCUCCAGCUCUCCAAUCAGCAGAGUUCUGUUUCUAAGUCCGAGGCGUCAAAUACAAUCACAACAAGAAGACCAAUAGUCAAUCAAAAUGUGAACAAGGAAGAAGGAGAGCAGACUAACCAAGGAAGAGAAAAUGGAGACCCAUCUCAGGAGGUGAUACCCACCACUCCUCGACCAACAAUGUCACCAGAGCAGAUACAAUACGCCACAGUAAGUUAUACUGAAUAUGUCUUCUGUAUGCUGAUCAACAGCUAGUGCUCGCUGACGAUUGGUUUUUUUUAAAUUUUUUUUUUCAUGAAUGGGGAGUUGCACAGGCAUAACAGUUAAUCUGCAAGAAAUGUGCAGGCCAGAUCUCAAUAUUUGUGCGAUGAUCUCAGAAAAGACACUCUCAUACUCCCCUAGGGCCUUUGUUAACCUAAGAACAUUUGAGAUCGAACAGCGUCUAUUUUAAAAUCUGAGCCUCCGUAGAUUUGCAAGGUCUUUUUCGAAAUAUUCAUUUAUUUUGAUGAUAUUUACUGUAAUAUUUGACUAAUCCAGUGUACAUUUUAUUAUUUAUAAAAUUUUGAUUUAAUAUCUUUAUUCCAGAUCAUUGAGAAGAGUAUAUCGAGGCUAUACCUUGUAGCGAGCAUUGUAGCCAAAAGUAAUAAAACGACUGUGAAUGAGUUUCUUGUCAUCAGCGACACCCUUGAGACAGCCACUGCUAAUUCAGAUAUGCUGACGUUAACUGCACGGGUAAAAGACAAGUUUAGCUUUUAGUUAUCGAGAUAUCUAAUAGUUUACUUCAAUGUUACUUUUGAGACUUGAAGGUUUUGUUCAUACGUGAAAGUGAUCUUUUAUUUAUUUAUGCAUGUGUGUAUAUAUAUAUAUAUAUAUAAGCAACAUUAUCCCAUUUUAUCCAGACAUAAGCCGAAAAGCCAUAUGAAUCAUUACCACCAAACAAAGCGCCUUGAAUAGUUUAAUGAAAGUUGGGGUAAUCAGUACAGUUUCUUUUGAAUUAUCUUCCCCCAUUAGUUAAUUGGGGCAAGCUGAUAUAAUUAAUUCAUUGGGAUGUUAACAUAACUGCAGAUGUAAAAUUUUGGGUGCUGUUCCGGGCGAUUGACCAGAGAUGGGUAUUGACCUUAAAAAAGUCGAUCAUUUACAGUGUUUGACAUUUUUGAGAAUUAACUUUCUAUUUACCUUGACGAAAGGCAGCCUCCAUUGACCUUAACGACAGGCAGCCUCGCUGCUUUCCUAUUCCCCCCAUCACAAAGGCGGAGAUCGUGUACUUUUUAUAAAAUAAAUUUAGGCCUGUUUUUGUUACUUUAGCAGGUAGAUGGUGUUAAUGAUUAUUAUUCGCUAUCUUAGGACGAAAGCGCGAGAAUGUUGAGCGAGAUAACAGAAGCUGUUUUAAAUAGACCUGAUGCACCACUGUCUUUUCUCGAGAGGAUGGCAGGUGCGAUUUUAAGGAGUGCGGUGAACAUGCUUAAUAGCUUAGCAAAUGGUCUUUCCAUAAGUCGUGAUGGCACAGUACAUGAUUGUGAUGACUUAGUAAAGGUAGGUAAAGUUUACAAACUAAAUAUAUGAGGGUGGAGCCUAACAUAUUUAAAUUAAUUUUUGCAGGUUUCUAAUUUGAAAUAAGCAUUUCUCAAAUUCUAUAUGUUUAGAUCAUAGACGUUUCCAAUAAUAAUUACAAAAAACAUGAGGGUGGGUUACAGAAUCUGUUAGAUAUCCAGCAUAAUAUGAAGCUUCUAAAAUAAUUUAUCCUUUGCUCUUCACAUUCAGUCUAGACUUAAUUGAAAUAAUUUUAUAAUUUUUGCAGCGACGAUUGAGGCUGUUGGUACCUUAUUCUUGAUAUUUUUUGUGUGUUUUUUUUUGUUUUCUUUUUGUUGCAAUCAGUUUGAUUUCUUUCUUGACUUGCUCUCUGCUUACAGCAAUGCUUUAUAAAGUGUUUGAAUUAGAUAUGUUUUUAUCUAAAUACUGUUUUCUCUAUGAAGGAAAGGAGCAGAAAUGCUACCAAAGAAAUCCUGAAAGCGAUAAACAACAUGUGCGAAGCCAUCUUGAAGAGAAAAACUCCUGGUGACGGAUACACUGUGAUAAACACCACGGCGAUAGAAGCGAAACUCCAAAAGACCCUAGUGAAUUUGAUCAAUGAUCUUAAGAUCGUUCAGGAUCUUGGGAUGUUCACACUACCAAAAGAUGAAUUGUUUCCAGAUACGAAUCAUACCAGUGGGAACACAUUAGGUCUUCAGGUAUGCUAUGUAACCAGGCCAUGUACGAAAUUUUUUUUAAAUUAAUAUCUAGAACGAUAUCAACCAAACACUAGUACGCUCAGGAUAAUAUGUAGUGUGGUACUGCGAUACACAGAAAAAAAAAGUUAUUCUCGCUCUCUUUCGAUUCCAAUGCUAUAUCCAUCAUUAUGCCUAAAUUUCUGAAGUAUUAUUUAUUUGUUCAUUUAUCUUAACUGUGACGAAUUCUAAUUCAAACCGUCUGCUAUUACCGCGGAUCAGUUGAGUUACAUCGGGGAAGCUGGAUCGAGAGAUAAUCAAAAUAGGCGCUAGUUACCUUCCAGUCUGAUUUCUCAAAGUGUGCUCCCAGUUAAUUUUGAAUAAACUCUAAGAUUACCUUCUUUUGAGGAGGUAUUGCUAGCGUACAAUCAAAAUUGUAUGGGUUCACAGAUUUCGAAAUCAGGCUGAUGAGAUUAACUUCAUAAGAGCGAAAUUCACAAACACGUUGAUUUGAAUACUAGAAAAUCUGGCUUUGGUAACUGAGUUGAUAAUGUAAAUUGACUGUCGUAAAUAGUUUCUCUCCUUGUUUAUUUGCCUACAGAUGGUUUCUUUCGUGGAUAAUCCUUACAAAACUUGCGACAACGAUAAUAUCACUUCGUCAGUGGUCGCUUUAGAACUGAAAGAAUCUAAUGGUAGUAACAUGUUAAUCAGCGGUCUAGAGAAUGAAAUCGAUAUUCGAAUUCAUCACAAAUGGCGUGGCUUUGAUAGCGAUCGAGAAACCUUUGAUCUUCAAUUGGACGAGGAUUCUUCUCAUUACCACACUUUCAACUACAGCUUUCCCCUUGUUGCGGUAGCGGUAGAGUUUUUGUCCAACAGUGAAAAUGUGUCUCGUUGGGAAAUCAUGAUAGCUCCUGGUAGAAGACCAACGGCUGAGAUUAAUCUGGUUUCGUGGUCUCUUAGAGAUAAGGGAAGACAUUUUUUCCUAUUGGAGGCUAGUUCCUUCACAGAGAUGGGGAAGUAUUUCGUUAGAGUGAAAGCAACGCCUAAAACACCAAUAUCUCCCGCAGAAAAGAAUGUCAGUGUCAAUGUCUCGUACAGUCUUAAGAUAUCUGUCCUAAAAUGCCUUUACUGGGAUAAAAAUAUACAAGGCUGGAGUCAUGAUGGAUGUAGGGUGAGUGUAAUUUACUGAUCAAAAAGUCAGUUUUUGUUUGAAAAACUUUGUCUGCUCAAUUAUAAAAAAAUUUUCUUUAUGAUAUUUAUGGGUGCUCUAACUGAUAAGUGCAAUAACCCCGCCCUCCCUCGUAAGAAUAAGGAAACCUUUGGUCUCUGUGGUAUUAACAUUUUACAGCAUAUCUUACACUUUGCGUUAUUUCUAGACGUCUUUCGAGUGCUGUAAAAUAAUGAUUAUUAGAGGAGUAAUAAAAAAAAACUUAUAGCUUUCCUCCAGUCUCGUUGAAAAAGAAAAAAAAACGCGGUUGUUUUACCUUUUAGGUUGGGCCCAAGACCACGUCAAGGGAAAUUCAAUGCCUUUGUAACCAUCUCACGUCGUUUGCAGCUCAAGUGGUAGUUGAACCAAAUGUUAUUGAAUUUGAAAAAGCCUUAAAAGGAUUUGUUGAACUCACUGAGAACCAUUUGGUUUUCAGUAUGGUUCUCUCUAUCUUGGGCGUCUAUGUUAUCCUGUUGAUUUGGGCAAGAAGACUCGAUAUUCGGAAUGCAAAGAAGGUACAUGGAAAUUUUAGCUUCCUUAUCCUCAUUAUUUAGAGUGGUUCCCAUCUAACUCUUUAAGCUAUUCCUACCCAAUUUUAUUCUUUUUGUUUCUCUUUUCCUUUGCGUCACUUUAUCUUUUGUGAAUUUUUGUGACCAAUAACCUUCCCCAUCUAGAACUCUCAGGUAAAAGAGAAUUCAAUAAGAUAAAUUCAUUAAAUGGCCGUUACUUAAGGCAAUCCUUUGAAUGAACUGAUUGAAGUCAAGUGUCCUCUUUUUAUUUUAUUGUUUUUGCUUGCAUUUGAUUUGUUGGCUGGAUAUUCUGAUGUUUAUGAACUUCCAAAUUCGUUGGUAGAUGUUAUGUGAUGCCAUGUUAUUUUAUUUCAGGCGGAGACUAUUCCUUUGGCAGAUAACGACCCAUCAGAUCGCUAUAAAUACGAGAUUUUAGUUUUAACAGGUAUGAAGAAGGAAGCCGGUACCACAGCCGACGUCUUUUGCAAUUUAAUUGGACUUGACGCUGAGAGCGGUCCGCGCCAACUUAAAGAUUCUAACCAGGCACGUUUCCAACGAUCAGGAAUGGAUUCUUUUUUUCUCACCUCUUCUGAACAUUUGGGAGACCUAAUUAAAUUGAAGAUUUGGCACAAUAAUUUAGGAUGCAGCCCAUCUUGGUAUCUAAAGCAAAUAGUUGUACGUGAUCUGAAGAGCGAUGGUGUGUUUGUGUUCAUUUGCAAUCGGUGGCUCGCCGUCGAAUUUGACGAUGGAGAAGUCCUGCGGACUUUGCCAUCUGCAAAGCAAGAUGAACUUAAAUCUUUUAAUCAUCUAUUCUAUAAUGUUACACAAAGGGAUAUCACAGAUAACCACUUGUGGUUUUCGGUGUUUAUGAGACCAAAUUUGAGCACCUUCACGACUGUUCAGCGCCUAUCAUGUUGUUUGGCUCUUCUCUACUGCACCAUGCUUGCCAAUGCUAUGUUUUAUCAGCUCGGUGAGGAGUCAAACCAAUCAGUAACGCUUCAGUUAGGACCUAUCACCCUCUCCGUGCAACAACUUUACAUCGGCAUGAUUAGCAGCCUAAUAGUUUUUCCGAUAAACAUUGUUAUUGCCAGCAUCUUUAGAAGCAUAGAGCCAGCAGUUUUUAAAGGAAAGAAGGGAAUGGCAUCACAAGGAAAAAAUACUAAAAGAAAAAAACGUGCACAACGAUAUCAGGGUAAUUUUAAAGACAUAGUUGAAUGGUAUCGAAGCCAGGAUACAGAAGAAGAAGUGAACGGUGAAGGCUCCGAAUCAAUUACUGUGGGAUUGCCACCCGUCGAGACGGUUGAUAUCGGGGAAAAGACUGCAGCCUGGUUGAAUAGGAACGUUAACAGUUGUGACAGUCAUAGCUCUCUUGCUGAACUGGAGGAAGCCGAUUGGCUAGAGAAUGAUGUGAGUUUUGAAGCAUCCGAGGACUGCAAUUUUCAGGUACAGUUCAAUGAGAAGACCGGAGGAUCACUCAAAAGAAAGAAGUCCCGUAAACUGCCUCACUGGUGUGUAUACAUUGCCUGGUUUGGAGUUUUCGCCGUAUCAUUUGUGUCUUCUUUCUUCGUUGUUUUGUAUGGUUUUCAGUUUGGCCGAGAAAAAUCAGCUCAGUGGCUUGCUUCCCUUCUGGUUUCUCUAGUCCAGGACAUCUUCAUAAGCCAGCCGAUCAAAGUUUUAUUCGUCGCUUUGAUUAUUGCUCUUCUGAUAAAAAAGCCCAUAGAGACAACUGAGAAAUAUAGACAAGAUGGUGAGGACACAGACGAGGACGAAGAAGAACUGGGUAUUAGUAACUUCGAGGAAGGACCGCCUGAGUAUAGAAAGUUUAUGUUCAAUAGAUACGAUCAGCAAAGUUCCAUAUCUUUGGAACCUCCGAACGUUGAUGAGCUCAACAAUGCUAGAGAAAAGAAGAAAAGAGAAAUACGAAUGUUUCAGAUACUGCGGGAAAUAAUUCUCUAUGUCCUCUUUUUGCUUGCCUUGUUUUCGAUAAGCUUCGGUCAACGUGAUCCGAAAGCUUAUCUUAUUGCCAAGCUAAUUGAGGAUACAUAUCUAGGAGGAGUUUAUACGGGCCAGCAACUGUAUGAGGUAAGAUGGAGGCUGGGUGGAAAAAUUUAUUGGCAUUGUUAUUUAAUCUUAGGAUCAUAUUAUCGACUCUAUGAGCAUGUGCAUGCAUUUUAUUCAUAGAGAUUUAAGGACGGCUUAAGAGGGGUUGGCUUGCUCUGAACGCAGCCCGGAAUUCAGAUAAUCUGUCGAGAAAGCUGUUUUAGUCUAAGCGUGCAGGCUUACUAAGGUUUCGUGGGAUGCGGUCGUGUGCGACUGUGUCCCUCCAUUGGUAGCUAUCGGCAUUUGCUGGGACCUGUUACAGACCCCUUAAAAAUGUUAAGCUUGCCUCUCAUCGAUGAAAAAUGACUAAAAAGAAAGGUGUUGUCAAUUGAUUCACCUUUAUCGUCUGUCAUAAAUGUUUUGAAACUGUGUAUUUUUAAUUGAGUGAGAUGAAGAGAGAUAUAGGAUGGGUGUUUUGCAAUUUGGUCCCCAAAUACUUAAAAAAAAUUCUGGAUCAGUGUACAUGCUUAUGUUAGCUUUUUUCACGAUUUUCAACCUUGUGAACAAUGAGAUGCAUAUGUAACGCAGAUGGAGCAUUACUCAAAGGUAACGAGUUCCAUCGAGGAAACUGAUGUACCAUUCCUGUUUCAGACCGAUGGAAUUGAUAACUAUUGGACAUGGCUAGAAGGGACAGUCCUACCAAGUAUUUCUUCAUCAAACAGAGACUGGGCAGCAGGCUGCCAUCCUUUACAGGAGUAUACAAUCGACUGCAAUUCGCGCCUAGUUGGCGGAGCAAGAGUUCGACAGCUCAGAAUUUCUCCAGGUAUUUUUAUGACUGACGCAACAUCACAGAGUCAAAAUACAAGUGUUCGUAGAACAUGUAGAUAUAUGUUAGUGGCUUGGGAUGGCAACAUACAAAAUUACGCGGAGAGAGGCAACUUAAAUAUGUGAUAUAAACUCGGCGCAUUUUAUUUUAUACAUCUGAGGCCAUCCUAAGUUUUAAUUUUUAAUUUUUUUCCAGGAAGCUGUCAAGUACCCGGACCUUUGAGAGGGAAAAUUUCUACUUGCAAUGAAUUUUAUUCUCUCUUCAAGGAAGACGAAGACAACUACUUACCUGGUUGGCAAAUAGCAAAUGUAACGGCUGAAGCGAACACGACGUCUAAUGCGACUAUAUCACCAUGGACAUACCAGACAAGCAAUGAGCUUGGAAGUAUACCCUUUCUGGGACUUGUAGGCACAUACAGUGGCGGAGGUUAUGCGUUUGAUCUAUCGUCUGCUAACGCAACAGAGGCUUACUUAAAUUAUCUAAAACAAAACUCGUGGAUUGAUUACAGAACCCGUGCUGUCUUUGUCGAAGUUGCUAUUUACAGUGCUCAAGUUAACCUGUUUGGUGUUGCGACCUUUCUAACUGAAUGGAUGCCAACCAAUGGCAUUGUGUUUUUCAAUAAUAUCAAAGUUGCACGCCUGUAUCAGCAUGGAAAUGACUUGCAGCUCGUAAUGCUUGUUUGUGAAAUUUUUCUCGCCGUUUUCGUUCUUGCGUUUAUGUAUAUCGAAUUGAAGAAAAUUUUUAGACUUCGAAGGAGCUACCUCAAAGAUCCUUGGAACUGGCUUGAAAUCGCGCAGAUAUUUCUCAUUUUGACUUGUGCUGGUGCCCUCUUGCAGAGAACAAAUUAUACAAACCAGGUGAUAGAGAGGAUGAACGCUGAACCUGACAAGUUUGUUAGCUUUAUACAGACAAUAACUUGGGAUGAGAUUUUUGGAUACUUAUUAGCGUUUCUGGUGUUCUUCGCUAACUUGAAACUCCUUAAACUUAUUAGAUUCAACCAUCGUAUUUACUUGUUUACAAAGACAAUCUCUAACGCCGCAGGACCGUUAAUGUCUUUUAUGAUCGUCUUCACCGUUUUCUAUAUUGCUUAUUGUGUGCUGUUUUACUCACUCUUUGGAAGUAUACUUCCUGAGUACAGCUCACUUCUGGUGACAAUUGAAACAUUAUUUAAUACCGUCAUGGGAGCCUUUGAUUUUGAGAUCAUUAGAGAGAACAAUCGGACUUUAGGACCAAUCAUUUUUUUUUCGUUUAUGAUGAUUAUGGUUAUGAUCUUACUCAACGUCUUCUUAACUAUACUGAUGGACUCUUUUGCCGAAGUCCAAGAAGAUGAGCUCCUAGUGUCAGAGGACGCUGUAGUGGUGGAUAUGAUGAUAAAACGCUUCAAAUGCUAUUUUUUGAGAACAGACAAAGUGGACAUCUCACCAGAGAAUGACGCUUUGUCAAGCACUAAUUUUGAAUCGGAAACCUGUAACAACUCGCAUUGCGACAGUGAUUCUAAGUGCGCAGAAAUUCAAGAAGAGAAGUACGAAGAUGAAUACUAUUUGGACAAAGCACACAGCGGUGGAGAUAGCGAACUUGACAUUCCACUGGGAGCUUUUCGGGCCGCAGAAGCUUCGUUUUCGUCGAUUGAGAAAACAGGUAAUGCAAGACAAGAAAACCUCAGUGAGCCAGAGCAUUCCUCCAGCUGGUCUUCAUUUACAUCUCUAGCCAAAGACCGGGUUGAAACGGAGACUGAUCCCUAUGUAACCUCACCUAGUCAGGAUGAAUCUGGAAAAAGUUUAGAAGAUGAUGACACCAGCGGUGUAUGUUCUGAAUCCUAUGGACAUCCGACGGAUUCAAGACGGUCAUCGAUGGCGUCCAAUAUGGAAGGAGAUGAGCUCGACGAGAAAUUUAAUGAGGAGCAUUCAUCAUCUAUGGAAUGUUCCCCACGAGGCAGCCAUCACUCUAAAUCCACAGAAAUGUUAACUGCUCCAAAAAGCAGGGGAAGCUCGAGCUCUGGGUAUUGUUCCUCUUUCGUGGCUACAGAAGAUUCUGACGGUAGAACUGAAGUAUCAGGAGAGUCUCAGUUAUCUCAUUAUUAUGACAUGAUUGAAAAAGCGCUUGAUAGCUCAAAUUAUGACCAGGAGUCACUGGUAGGAACCGAAGAGGGAGAUGUUUCUCAGGAAUCUGAAGUUUGCUAUUACUACAAGCUCUUAGAGGGCGCCACAAGAUACCAAGACAACAUAAACGGCGACGAGACAAAAGCUCUUGAAAAAUUUGAUUUUAGUGAUUAUCAAAUUUACAGGGACAAUUUUGAAGGCCACUCUACUCAAGAUUGCGUGAAGGAUACCGAUACUGACGUAGAGCCAAAACUUACUGAUCUUCUAGGAUUUUUCGCUAGUAUAGCAUUGAGUGACUUACUGGAGGACCAAAUAUAUGAAGAACUUCUUGUGGAAUACAUCGUUUCUCUUAAUGAAGUUUGGUUUGAACCAAAGCAUGAAACUUUUGAUCGACAACUUUUGAAACGCUUUGAUAAAAAGGCAAAGUGGAUGUAUACACGGCAUAUGUUCACUGAAACGUAA